AUGGAAUCGCGCCUCUCUCCUCGACCGUCAGCUCCUCCGACCACCCUCGAGGCCGAGGAAACACCACCAAGAACCACCGAGCCCACAACAAAGCGAUCGAGUCCUCGCAAGCCUAUACCUAAGCACUCCAUGUACCCUGAGCUCGACUCUAACGUCGCUAAACUCCUCGAACCUCACGGGCUGACGAUGACUUUCCACCCCAUUGACACCGACAAGAGCACAUUCAGCCGACACAAAACCAACGUCGUCGGCAGAUUCAAGUGCCCGAAUACCACCUGCGGCCACCACAAAUGGGAAAGCAAGAGCAUCGCACUCAGUAUCCGUCUGUACCCGGACAACCGGUACAACGCCCGCGUGUACCACCAGCGCUGCAGCGCCUGCAAGUGGAUCGUUCGGCCGGAGCUGGACGGGAGAGACGGGACCUAUGCGGAGCGCAUCGCGUACCGGCUUAAGAAAUGGAGCGGUGUGCAGGUUGAGCGCGUAUAUCGUGAUCCGAUGCCGCCGGGCCAUGCGCUGCAUCGCGCGAAGCUGUGUGAGGGGUGUAGGGCGGGGCGGUGCAAGUUCUUCAAGGAUAAGAGGAACGGGAGCAGGAAGGGUGGCGGGAAACGUGGAGAUGGAGGACAGGGGAAGGGGCGUGGGAAAGUCUGGGACACGGGCGUCUACCAUUAG